AAAUUCUUUGUCAAAUCAAAACAACUAAAAAGCACUUUAAAAAAUGUCAGGGAAAUAUAAAUGGAUGUGAAAACCUUGAGUAUAUAAAUCAACAGAAAUAAGUUAAAUUGUAAAAGAAGAUCUGGAACCAUGACAUCCAUGAGCUCUCUAAAGAGUAAGCUACACAAACUAAAGAAGGAGGAUACCAGUGAGGUGACAGAUUAUAAAACAUGGAUGAAAAAGAUAGAUGACUGUGGGAACCGUGCUGAAGAUUGGUUAGAAUAUACAACUUACAUGAGACACAAUCUGAACUUCAAUGAUAGGUUCCAGGCACACAACUUCCUCUCAGAUUUGUACGAGAAAGCUUUCAGGGCUAUUGAUGGAAAAGAAAACAAAGACAAUGAAGCAUUUGCUCAUCUAUUUAUAGACUUUGCUGAGGUCAAAAGUGAACAGUUGCUAUUGGAAGAUGCCAUCCAGCUGCUAACAGAAGCCAGAAACAUUGUCAAAAGAUAUGCCAUAGUUCAUAUUGCUGCAGCAGAGCUAGAGGUCAAAGAGGGAAACAUCAGUAAAGCCAGAAAUAUUCUGAACAAAGCUAGAUUGUUUAAAUUUGAACCUACAGAACUUUUGGUGGAGGCUCUAAAGAAACUAGAUGCUGGAGAAACUGUUUUACUCUCACCAAGGCAUAGAAGAUACAGUUCUAGCCAAAGUAAAGUCAACCUGUCUGAUGAUAGUCAAAACAUCUUCCAUGGUGGUGCUCCUGAAGGAAAUUUACAAGAACAUAUUGGACCAGAUGAAAUGGAGACUGCACCAGUUAUGAUGGAAUCUCAUAAAGAGAAAUAUGUAACAGUUCGGGCCAACUCCUGUAGACCUGCCAUGAGAAGCUAUAGUAGUACACCAGAAAUGAGAAAUCUCCAGUGGAAAAGGAAAGACAUAGGUGUACCACAGAGAGUACGGAAGCUUAAUUUACCCUUCACAACAACAGCUGAGGAAGAAGAGGAUGAAGAGGGGGUAGAAGAUAUGGAUACUAUGGCUGGUUUUACUCCACUAGAACCUCAGGCUAGUUCAACCUUUGUUUCAAUGACCACUGCUCAAAGUAGUGGUUACCAGUCCAUGAUGGAGACAACUAUUCCACUGGAAACAGGCAACCAGUUUGAAAAUAACCUUUUUCAUUCUGGAAAACAAGAAUUUGACUUGUCAGGAAUUCAUCCUCAAAAACAAGCAUUUGACUUGUCAGGAAUUUAUCCUCAGAAACAAGCGUUUGACUUGUCAGGAAUUCAUCCUCAAAAACAAGCAUUUGACUUGUCAGGAAUUCAUCCUCAAAAACAGAUUUUAGACAUGUCUGGAAUUCAUCCCCAACAGCAACAAUGUGACUUGUCAGGAAUUCUUUCUCAACGACAGACUUGUGACUUGUCAGGAAAGCAAUCCAAGAACCACACAAAUAAUCUGUUAGGAAAACAUAAAGACACACCAUCAUGUGAUAUAUCUGGAAUUGAGUCAAUGAAAGAUAGACAAACUUGUGACUUGUCAGAUAAUAAGUCUAAUGGUAUAGGUAUUCAGUCAGUCAAACAAAACAAUCGUCUGACCUGUAAUCUAUACAACAUCCAAUCAGAUGUAGUUAUGGAAGAAUCAAUAAAAGAUGUAUCAUGCUUUCAGUCUGACAAAUCAUUGAAGGAACCCACAAAGUCUGAUAAUGUUUCAUUGUUACAACCAAAUGGACGACCACAGAUUAUGAAAAGUCAAGUGUUACCUAACACUAAAUCUAAUUUGGUGUCAUCUAACCAAGUUUGUGCCAAUCCAACACCCAGCAGAGGUGCCUCUAGAGUUGUUACACCAAACCAAAUGUCAGACUUUCCUACACUCAGCAAAGGUGGUCCUAUAGUGGUUUCACCAAACCAAGAAUCAGGCAAUCCUACAACCAGUGGAGGUGCUCCUAGAGUGGUCACUCCAAACCAAGUGUCCUCCAAUCCUACACCCAACAGGGGUGCUCUUAAAGUGGUUACACCAAUCCAGGUGUCAGCCAACCUCCAUCCUAACAGAAGAGUUCCUGAAUUACCUACACCUACAUGUAAUAGAUCUAUUGAACCUACACCUAGUAAAAAUGUUAUGUCUGAUAGGCUGUCUAAUGUACCAGUUUGUGCCACUCCAAGUGCAGUGCAGCAGACAUCAAUACCCUGUACACCAAGUGUUAUGCAGGAUGUAGAAACUUUCACAGUAAACAACGUAGUCUACAUGAUACUGGAUUUACUUGGGAAAGGUGGCUCUAGUAAGGUGUACCAUGUCCAUGAUUCCAAGCCUCCAUCUAAAGCACUCAAAGUAGUCAACCUAAAUGAUGCCAAUGAAGAAAUAGUCAAUGGUUACAAAAACGAAGUCAAAUUACUGCUACAGUUACAGUAUUGUCCAAAAGUAAUCAAACUCUAUGAUUAUGAGUACAGACCAGAGGAAAACAAGUUAUAUAUAGUAAUGGAGUAUGGCAACUGUGACUUUGCUCAGUUUUUGAAAGAUAAAAUAAAAGAAGAUUGUAAGCUGUCAGAUCAUUUGAUCAAGUAUUACUGGGAGUCUAUGUUAAUGGCAGUCCACGCUUUACAUAAAGAAGGAAUCAUUCAUUCCGACUUAAAGCCAUCAAAUUUCAUCAUAAUUGGAGGUGCCUUAAAACUGAUAGACUUUGGUAUAGCUAAAUCAGUGCAACCAGAUAAAACAAGUGUUCUGACUGAAAUGCAGGUUGGCACAUUAAACUACAUGAGUCCAGAGUCUAUAGCAGAUUAUGGUUUAGAUGAGAAACCAAUGUAUAAGAUUGGUGUGAAGAGUGACGUCUGGUCCCUUGGAUGUAUUUUAUACAAUAUGGUGUAUGGUUUUACUCCAUUCCAAAGAAUCAACAGACAGUUUGCCAAACUUCAGGCUAUCACUAACUCCAGUUAUGUCAUUCAUUUCCCAGAAAUAGAGGACAAACGUCUGCUGGAUGUCAUGAAGAAAUGUUUGAUCAGAGAUCCUAAGGUUCGACCAAGCAUUGAAGAUUUACUUCACCAUCCAUAUCUCAAGAGGGAGAAAAAAGAAGAACCAUCAGUAGUGGACAAAAGAAUAGAGAGACUUGUAGAGAGAUUAGCAGAUAAAGUAUCUUCCCCUAAUACUCUACGCAGUUUACUGAGGAGUGAAAUAUUAAAGGGAAUGUCAGCUGAAAGAGAAUGCCAAGAAAACAAAGAAAAUGUUCAUUAACUGAAUAUUAGCAGUGUCAGUGGAGGAAGACAUGCUAUGGACAUCAUGGAGGUGUCAAUGCUUUUAAUGAGAACAUAAACUAGGUCUGGCACUUGUGGCUGAAAUAGAUAAUGAGGAGGAAGUGCAUUUUAAUCAAAAUUUGUUUGAAGAAAAAUGUGUUUUUACAUUCUUUUUUGCUCUAAAAGCUUUGUUGAAUUUUUAUAUAACUUAUGUAAUAUAUAUUAAUCCUUUUGGUUUACAUUUAUAGAUUAUUGAAGAUUACAAGAUGAAGAGAAAUUUGUUAUUUUAUUUUAAUCCAGGUUCACAAGAUAAGCCUAUAUUUGUUAUUUCUUUAAAUUAAUGGAUGGAUCAAUAGUCUAUGUGCUACUGUCAUACGAGUGAGAGGUUUGGCUAGCUUAAGAAGGAAUAUGACACUUUCUGGUCAUACGGUUGAUGUCUUUUUUGCCAUAUGAUAAGGAACUUUCUGUUUUUGAACUUUCCUCAGAGUUCAGUAUUUUUGGAAAUCACAUUUUUGUGAGGCAAAUCAAUUUAUUAGGGGUUUUCCUUUUCACUUAAAGAGCAGAAUCUGUGGGGUUUACAUUUAUGAUACAGCAAUUCAACAACAACAGACACCAAGUGCUUAAGCAAGAAACACACAACUGUUUAAAUGUUAUAUUCUUUUGUCAUGCAUGUAGAAUUGCUCACUCUAGGUGUCCCAGCUAGCUGUAUCUCUUGUCAAACACACAAAAUCGCUAUGUUUGCUUUAAAAGUAAAUAUUUUUGUGCAACAGUUUAAAUGAUUUCAUUAGUUUUGAUAAGAUAAGUAGAAAAAAUAGUGGUACUUUGAUAUCACCAAGUUCCUAUCCAUUUAAGAAGUAUUAAUAUGUGUAGUUUACUGUUUUGUUCAUUGUUGAAGGUGAUAUGGUGAUCUAUACAUGCUUACAUUCAUGUAUUAUGGACUCUAGUGGAGAGAUGUCAAGGGCAAUCAAACCAGAACUUUCUUCUAUUAAAAAAUAGUUAAUGAUAAAUAAUAAAUUAUGGCAAAGUUAUAUGGUACAUUUUGUACUCACAUUCGUUCCAUUUUGUAUUUUUUAUAGACUUUCUCUUUAUGAAUUUACCUUGGGGUUCAGUAUUUCUGUUUUACUUUUUUGCAUGAUUAACCAUAAACAGUAACCAGACUAGGAAGGAGAGUUGUCUCAUUGACACUCAUAUCACAUCUUAUAUUUAAAGAUAGUGAUUUAUAAAUACUUCAGUUCAUAGAAUAGGGUUUAAUGAAGGGUGAUUUACUUCACUGCUGUAUUAAUUGUACAUUGUUUCAGCCACUUACCAUUCGGUUAAUUUAUUAAAGAUAAAUGUUAUAAUUUAUUUUGAAGAUUCAUAUUUAUACAGUUGAAACACUCUUUAAAAACCUUUUAAAUGUCUUUUCUUGAUGUAUUUGAAUAUUUUUUAUCCUGUGAUAUGUUGUAUACUGUUUGUACUAUCAUUUUAGACUGUCUGUAGUUCUGCUUGAAGACUUGCUUAAUUUCAUCUAACUUUAUUAUGUUAAUAUGUCUGUAUAUCUGUUCUUCUGAGACUUC